AUGGAAAAUAGCAUUGGAGUGUUUUGGCAGCGCUUUCGGGCCCUCUUUUCUCAUACAAUAACUGUUAGGAUUGACGUCAAUCUGAUUGAAUGCUUGAUUGAGUUUAUAUGGGCUCAACAAUGGGCUCAACCAUUGGGACCGAGAAAUUUAAUUUCCAUUAAGACUUUUCAAACUAUGAGCACAUCCCAGAGCCAGGCAUUGACUGAGGCAGAGGCCAAAUAUUGUAUUAUAUCCAUAUAUACACACAUAGAGUAUAUAAAUACAUUACCUGCGAGCGGAGCGUCACUAAACCCCGCGCGCACUUUGGGGCCCGCGUUUGUCAUGAAUCGAUGGAAAAAUCAUUGGUUUUUCGGGCGCAAAGACUGUCUGUCAACCAGACAUUAUCGAGUGGUUAAAAGCACAUAA